ACAUGGCCACACAGCCACGCAGCCACAUGGCCACAUGGCCACACGGUCACAUGGCCACACGGCCACAUGGCCACAUGGCCACACAGCCACAUGGCCACACAGCCACAUGGCCACACAGCCACAUGGCCACACGGCCACACAGCCACACGGCCACAUGGCCACACGGCCACACAGCCACACGGCCACACAGCCACACGGCCACAUGGCCACAUGGCCACAUGGCCACAUGGACAUGGGCAAUCCUAUAGGGCGGGGGCCCCCUGGGCGCUCCAUGCUGCCACAUGGCCACACAGCCACAUGGCCACACAGCCACACGGCCACACAGCCACACGGCCACAUGGCCACAUGGCCACAUGGCCACAUGGCCACGUGGCCACAUGGCCACAUGGCCACAUGGCCACAUGGCCACAUGGA